GGAGAGGCCUCUGUAAGGUAGGCAUAUUUCUUGAUGCAGAAUACUAACUUAAAUUUCUGUUUUCUUACAGCUGCCUUUGCAGCCGUGUUGCACUGGUGUCAUAUAACUCAUCUCUUUGAAAAUGACCGUCAUUUUUCUCACCUCUCAACACUGGAACGGGAGAUGGCUUUUCGCACUGAAAUGGGCCUGUAUUACUCCUACUUCAAGACCAUCGUGGAGGCGCCAUCCUUUCUGAAUGGGGUUUGGAUGGUUAUGAAUGACAGACUCACUGAGUUCCCCCUCGUCAUUAACACGUUGAAAAGGUUCAACCUUUAUCCUGAGGUCAUCUUGGCCAGCUGGUACCGAAUUUAUACCAAAGUCAUGGAUUUGAUUGGUAUUCAAACUAAGAUCUGUUGGACAGUCACCCGAGGAGAAGGCCUGAGUCCCAUCGAGAGCUGUGAAGGAUUGGGAGAUCCUGCUUGCUUUUAUGUUGCUGUAAUUUUUAUUUUAAAUGGACUAAUGAUGGCCUUAUUCUUCAUAUAUGGCACAUAUUUAAGUGGCAGCCGGUUAGGAGGCCUGGUUACUGUGUUGUGCUUCUUUUUCAAUCAUGGAGAGUGCACCCGGGUCAUGUGGACGCCCCCUCUCCGCGAGAGCUUCUCCUACCCAUUCCUGGUUCUCCAGAUGUUGCUUGUGACUCAUAUUCUCAGGGCUACAAAGCUUUACCGAGGAAGCCUGAUUGCGCUCUGCAUAUCCAAUGUGUUCUUCAUGCUUCCAUGGCAGUUUGCUCAGUUUGUACUUCUUACUCAGAUUGCAUCCUUAUUUGCAGUGCAUGUCGUGGGGUACAUUGAUGUAGUUAAACUACGGAAGAUCGUUUAUAUACACAUGAUUUCUCUUGCACUUUGUUUUGUUUUGAUGUUUGGGAACUCAAUGCUAUUAACGUCUUAUUAUGCUUCCUCCUUGGUAAUCAUUUGGGGAGUACUGGCAGUAAAACCAUACCUUCUGAAAAUGAAUGUGUCUGAACUUAGUUUAUGGGUCAUCCAAGGAUGUUUCUGGCUAUUUGGGACCAUUGUCCUCAAGUAUUUGACAUCUAGAGUUUUUGGCAUCACAGAUGAUGCUCAUAUUGGCAACCUGUUAACGUCAAAGUUCUUCAGUUACAAGGAUUUUGACACCUUAUUGUACACCUGUGCGGCAGAGUUCGACUUCAUGGAGAAGGAGACUCCGCUGAGGUAUACGAAGACGUUAUUGUUGCCAGUUGUCCUUGUGAUAUUCAUUGCAAUUGUCAGAAAGAUCAUUAUUGAUAUGUGGGGUGUGGUAGGCAAGGAGCAGUCACACACAAGGAAACACCUUCUUGAUCAUGGCGAGCUGGUUUAUCAUGCAUUGCAACUGUUGGCAUAUACUGUCCUUGGCAUCCUGAUUAUGAGGCUGAAGCUCUUCCUGACACCGCACAUGUGUGUGAUGGCAUCUUUGAUCUGCUCCCGCCAGCUGUUUGGGUGGCUCUUCUACAAAGUACAUCCAGGUGCUGUGGUUUUUGCUGUGCUAGCUGCCAUGUCCAUUCAAGGUUCAGCAAAUCUGCAAACCCAGUGGAACAUUGUGGGAGAGUUUAGCAACUUACCCCAAGAAGAACUUAUCGAGUGGAUCAGAUACAAUACCAAACCAGAUGCAGUGUUUGCGGGCGCCAUGCCCACCAUGGCUAGCGUGAAGCUGUCUGCACUGCGGCCCGUUGUGAAUCACCCACACUAUGAGGACGCAGGCUUGAGAGCCAGAACAAAAAUAGUCUACUCAAUGUACAGUCGAAAAGCUGCUGAAGAGGUAAAGCGGGAGUUGAUAAAAUUAAAAGUGAAUUAUUACAUUCUAGAAGAAUCAUGGUGUGUCAGAAGAUCCAAGCCUGGCUGCAGCAUGCCUGAAAUCUGGGAUGUGGAAGACCCUGGGAAUGCCGGGAAGACGCCGCUGUGCAGUGUGCUGGUGAAGGAAUCCAGGCCCUACUUCACCACGGUGUUUCAGAAUAGUGUUUACAAAGUCCUGGAAGUUGUCAAGGAGUGAUGCCAGCCCAGCCCAGCCUAGCCCAGCCCACCUAGCCGCACAGAGCAAGCCGGGAUGCUGCUAAGUCAUGUGUUCCUUUGACUCAGAACCCCCUAGAAUUCAUGUUUUUCACAGAGAACACAUUUCAUCUGGUCAACGUGAAUGUCAUCUGACUAAAAAGAUGACUUAGAUUGCCUCAGCUGGUUCUCUCUCAGUGUAGCCUUUAAGACUUGCUAUGCAAAUGAUCUAUGCGUGGACUUGGCCUAAUGUUUGUGCGGGACCAGGCACAGAUGCAGACACUGCAGCACGUGACCAUGGCUUCCUUGCUCUGGCCCCUUCCUGCUCUGGCCUUUGAGCAUUCCCAUAAUUCUUGACACUGGGUUCAGGUGAUGGGGAGGGGGCAAGUGCCAUGUGGAAUUUCCUGCUUCUCUCCCUCCCUUCCUCUGGUCUUUGCUCUGUGCCACCCUUGGAAUGAAGCUUUCCUGCCUGUGACCAACCCAGCUCUUGGCCCUGGUGGGCAGGACCAACUCAUUGGACUUCCAGCCACAGGGCCUGAUGGUCACAACCCUACCCUCACCCCACAUUUUUUUUGUCAAAUAAGUGCUAUUUACCCAUUAAGAUGCUUACAAGUACUUAUUCUUGGUUAAAAAAAAA